AUGCGUUCAGCUGCUUUCACUACUCUCGCUGCCCUCACUGCUUCCGUUGCUGCAGCACCCCACGCUGUUACAACUCGUGCGGAACCUGGAGCUCAGAACGUCGUCUUUUGGGGCCAGAACGGCGGCGGCGUUGUCGAAAACAACGACCUGGCUACCUACUGCACCAAGUCUACCGGCAUCGACAUUAUUGUACUUUCUUUCCUUUACCAGUGGGGUAACGGCAACAAGAUUGCCGGCGGGACUAUUGGCCAGUCAUGCUCCAUUGACACGUCUGGUAAAGGGCAGAAUUGUGACGAUCUGGCCAAGGCCAUCGAUACCUGCAAGACCAACGGCGUCAAAGUCAUCAUGUCUCUCGGCGGUGCUGCAGGCGCCUACUCGCUUUCCUCCAAAGAAGAGGCCGAGGCCAUUGGGCAGAACCUAUGGGAAGCCUACGGCAACCUCGAUGGCAAAAACGGCAGCGUCCCCCGCCCCUUUGGAAAGACGUUUGUCAACGGCUGGGACUUUGACAUUGAGAGCAACCGCGGAAACAAUUUCUACUCGGACAUGAUUGCCAAGCUGCGCGGAAACUUUGCCUCGGACUCGUCCAACCAGUACUUCAUCACCGGCGCUCCCCAGUGCCCCAUCCCGGAGCCCAACAUGAACGAAAUGAUCACCAAGUCGCAAUUUGACUACCUCUGGGUACAAUUCUACAACAACCCGGGCUGCUCCGUCGACGGCACCAUCAACUAUGACGACUGGAAGAAGAACAUUGCCAAUACGCCCUCGGCCAAGGCCAAGAUCUUUAUCGGUGUCCCUGCCUCGCCACUCGGCGCUACCGGUACGCAGAGCGGCGCAAAGUAUUAUCUCGAGCCUACAAAGCUCGCUUCUCUCGUCGGCCAGCACAAGUCCGACUCGGCCUUUGGCGGCGUCAUGAUGUGGGCUGCGGGCUUCUCUGAUGCCAAUGUCAACAACGGAUGCACUUAUGCGCAAGAGGCCAAACGUAUCCUUGAAACCGGCUCCGCAUGCUAG